AUGUCAUGCAUGUGUAUCUGCAACAUGCAGACACCCUCAAGUUGCAAUAGAGCAAAGAGCAAACAAUUAAGUAUAUUAUUGCCAUUGUAUGCUUCCAUUGGUGAUGGGCAGGAAGAGCAGAAGGGAGGUCACCAGGAGAAUAUCCGAAGCCUUCCGGGGAUGUCUUACGGCACCAUGCAAGAUCUAUGCGGGAAGCAAAAGAGACUUAUUCUCAGCAUUCAUGCAAAGAAAAUCGAGGGCACGUCCACCCGAUUACCUUUCCCUCAGAAUGAGCUGGCUGAAGCUGAUAGGCUACUUUGUAACACGAAGCGCUGA